AUGGUAGUAACAAUAGUAUGUAAUACUAACUCUAUUGAAAAUCUGACAUAUUUGAGAGAACCCAAGACAAACUACACAAACACAUUCAUUUCUAAUUACAUUAAAAACAGUUACACUAACGUCACAAAUGAUCGUGACAUCAACACCGAGAACAAUCCCAACAACGGUCAAAAUGACAUUAAUAACAUUUACUAUUACAACAACUUUACAUCAGGCAACAUUUAUUACAUUAACAAAGAUUCAACUUCGGAUAACACAAUCUCGUUAUACGCAACAUCAACUACGAAUUAUGAUUCAAAGACCACUGAACUUUUCAAACAUGAUAUCAACAUAAAUAAAAAUGAUAUAGCUAACAACUACAUUAACUUUUUCGACGAUUACAUCAAUAACGACAGCGAUAAUCACAGCAAUAAUAGCAUCAAUGACAUCAACGAUUAUGGCGACGAAUUUGAUUUAAGAUCUUCAAAUUACAUCAACUAUUCCGACAUUGAAAAUUACUCUGAUGUAAAUAAAAGCAACGAGCAAUAUUAUUAUUACAAUGGUGGCUACGAUGUUGAUGAUGAUAAUAAUAAUGAAGAUGAUAUAGGCGAUACAGAUGAUGAUAUCACAGACGAUCAUAUCACAGACGAUCAUAUCACAAAUGACAAUAUCACAGCUGAUGAUACCUCAUAUGAAAAUGAUAACAAUCAUGAUAAUUUAAUCGGCAACAGUACAAAACUUUACUAUAACAGCUAUUAUCAAUACGAUGAAGAUGAUGACUAUUACAACUACGACGGUUAUUAUUUAUACGAUGACGAUUACGAUUAUGCUGAUGACAAAACAGAAGUAGAAGAACUAUUUAAUAAGAACACCAACAAAUUCAACAAUAGUCGAAAGAACACAAACGCAACUGGAUAUAAAAGUUUUUUCAAGUUUAAAUUCGACUCAGAGAUAAUAACUCUACCUGUCUUGGACGUAGAGCAUAUUGUUUCUAUACAUAAUAAUUUCUGGAACGAAAAUUUAUCAAUCAUAGCGAAAUUGUCAGCGUCAGGAUGUAGGCACGCGUUAACUCCAGUGAAGUCCAAACUCGGAAAUAAGCUCCUGCAAAAUUAUGCCUAUUCCACGGGAAAAGUUUUCAAUUUGACAGAUUUUGUGACUGAAUGGGCAAAUGGAACUUUCAAUGAAAAAGAUAGAAGAAUGUGUCCGAAGCCGAAAAUAUGCUAUCGGUAUAAAAAUAUGAUAGAAUCAAGCUUAACAUUAGUUGGAUGUGGUGCAGAUUAUUGUACGAAAUAUAAAAAUGAAAAUGGUGAAUCACUAAAGGACGUUACACAUUUAUUGUGCUUGUACGCUUUCAAAAAUGAUCGGAAUGGCACGAAGCAAAAUUACAGCUUGAAUUGGAGCGUGCCUUCGUGCGAGACCUGUUCAGCUGUGUACCACCACUGCGAUGAAGACCUUAUUGAAUCCCCAGAGGAUGCACCUACUAGCAAAGAUAUUCACAUAUUCAUUUCCAUUCUGAUAAACAAUAACAUAGCGGUACCCAUGCGGGGCCUUUCAAGCCUGCAUCAGAAUUGCUCAAACCCACCGUAUGUGCUGGCCAAAUACUGUCCCGACCUACAAAUGUGA